CGUAAGAAUUUUGUGCAAGGCGGUUAUAUGUAAUUAUAGAGUUCCAUUAAAAUAACUAAAGAAAUUAUACAAAAUGUUUAUAUUAGUUUUACUGUCAAUAUCGUUGAUGUUGCUAGUGCAGUUUAUAAGGCGGCAUUACAGUUAUUGGGAGCGCGAGGGCGUGGCCGUGGAAACAGCCAAGUUUCCCUUCGGAGUCUUGGAUACAGUUGUGAAGAGGAAGCAGGGUUUUGGCCUGGCCCUAAGCGAUGUCUACGAGAAACACGAUACCAAUAUUGUGGGCAUCUAUAUGAUGAAUAAGCCAACUUUAUUGGUAAGAGAUGCCCAAUUGGCUCGUCAGCUGAUGACCAGCGAUUUCAACAGCUUUCACGAUCGUGGUGUUUAUGUGGAUGAGAAAUACGAUCCAUUGUCGGCACAUUUAUUCAAUCUUCAAGGCGCCUCUUGGCGAAAUCUACGCAAUAAACUAACACCCUCAUUUUCCUCGGGGAAAAUCAAGGGUAUGUUUGGCACCAUCGAUGAUGUGGGUGAAAAACUAGUGCAACAUUUGCUGGGAGUAAUUGAAAAGUCGCCCAAUGAUCAAAUCGAAAUAAAGGAGAAACUUACCACUUAUGCUAUCGAUAUUAUCGGUUCGGUGAUCUUUGGUCUGGAUAUCGAUAGCUUCUCCAAUCCAAACAAUGAGUUUCGUGCUAUCAGCGAUUUGCUGCAAACUCAGGGAGGAUUUCUGCAGAAAGUUCACAACCUGUCGUCGAUUACAUUCCCUCCUCUUGCCAAGCUCAUGAAUCGUCUUGGCUUUGAGCAACAAGUAUUGCUCAAACUUCGGGAAAUUCUACGGCACACGAUCGAGUUUCGGGAGAAACAUAAUGUUGUACGAAAGGAUCUGUUGCAGCUACUCAUUCGUUUGCGUAAUACUGGAAAGAUUGGCGACGAUGACGAUGAGAAUUGGGACAUUGAAUCGGUGCAGGAGGAGCUCAAGGCCAUGUCCAUUGAUAAGAUUGUCGCCCAGGCAUUUGUUUUUUAUAUUGCCGGCUCGGAAACCACAGCUGCUGCCGCAGCCUUUACUCUCUAUGAGCUGGCCAUGUGUCCGGAAUUGUUGAAGGAAGUACGAGACGAGUUGGAUGCAGUAAUGGAAAGACAUCAGCUCAAACGAGGGGACAAAUUCACCUAUGAGGCAGUGCAGGAUCUGAAGAUCUUGGAUCUGUGUAUUUUGGAAACUGUACGAAAGUAUCCCAGUUUGCCGUUCCUGAAUCGUGAGUGUACUCAGGAUUUCUUGUUGCCGGACAAAAGCUAUACUAUUAAGAAGGGUACUCCCAUUUUGAUCUCCCUCUUUGGCAUACACCGUGAUCCGAACUACUUCCCCAAUCCCGAGGAUUAUGAUCCUCAUCGAUAUGAUGCCGAUAACAUGAACUACGAUCAGGCGGCUUUAAUGCCCUUUGGUGAAGGACCCCGACACUGCAUAGCUAUGCGCAUGGGUAAAGUUAACUCCAAGGUGGCUGUGGCCAAAAUAUUGGCCAAUUUUGAUCUGAUCGAGGCACCGCGCAAGGAACUUAAAUUUCGCUUUGAUCCUGCUCCUGUUCUAUUCCCAGAAGGAGGUCUAAAUGUGAAACUCAGGAAGCGAAUGAGCAAAUAGUUCAAAAAAUAACUAUUGUGGAAGAAAAAAAAUUGAUUAUAUAUAAAGUUUAUUAUA